UGCUGCGGUAGCCAGACAGCAGCAGCACGGAGAGCCAACACCGGGGAUGGUCUCUUCAUUUUUUUUUACAAAACAUCAACGUUGCAUCUCCACAAAAUGAAGUUUCCUUACUCAUAGAUUCACGAGGAUAUGGUGAGAGAAGGUGUCCCACGCUGCAGUAGUGGAAGAGUGACAUGCUGGCCUGUCUGCCAGCAUCAGGUGACCCUACCCUCAGAAUUCUCUCCCGCACGCAGAUGAACACUGGACUUCAGAAAUGGGAAACUACACAGAAGAUGAGAUCUGCCAGCUAUCCAACCCCAGCAGAGUUGGAUGCCUAUGCUAAGAAAGUUGCCAACAACCCACUAUCCAUCCAGAUCUUCCCCAACAGUGUCAAAGUACCUCAAAGGAAGCACAUUCGCCGUACAGUCAACGGGCUCGACACGUCGUCCAGCCAGCGCCACAGUCCCUACCCCUCUCAGGUCAGCUCCAGUCGGGGUCUGCUGGCUGUCCUGCGUGCGCCCGCCAAAGGCGUCAUCAAAGAGUCGGACGGCAGCCGCGCCCGACAGCUUCACAAAGUCGUCAUGGACCCUCACAGCGGGCCGUACGCCACUCAAAGCACUUUAAAUCUUCCUCAGCCUGCUCCUCACCUACAGGGUCAGUCUCAGCCUCAGCCUGCUCCUCACCUACAGGGUCAGUCUCAGCCUCAGCCUGCUCCUCACCUACAGGGUCAGUCUCAGCCUCAGCCUGCUCCUCACCUACAGGGUCAGUCUCAGCCUGCUCCUCAUCUACAGGGUCAGUCUCAGCCUGCAGCCCAGAAGCAGGGCAUGGUUCACCCGCAGGCGCUUCAGCAAAACAUGGCUCAUCCAAUGACUUUACAGCAGCCUCAAACGAUGCCUCACCCACAGGCUUUACAGCAGAGGAGCAUGGCUCAUUCACAAGCUAUGCAGCGUCAGCAGAGUUUGUCCCAGGUUCAGCCUUCACAGCAAAGGUUGGCUCAUCCCCCAGGCCUCCAGAGGCAGCAGAGUGCACCUCACACCCAGGCCCUGCAGCACCAGAACCAGAACCAGAACCAGUCUGCUCCACCUGCCGCUCAGCAGCAGCAUCUUUCUCAUCUGCAGACACUGAAGCAUCCGACGGCUCCUCCGCAAGCUUUACUUUCACAACACUCACUGACUCAGGACCUGCGCCACAUGUCUGAUGGGGCUCACCUUCCCAGCCUGCAGCACACCCAGGGGCUGGUUGGCUCACAGCCCCUUCCCCAGGCACAGGGUACAGGAACUCCUACCAUGCCUAAUAGCCUCCAGCAGCCCCCACCAGGGGCAUACGGGCCCCGGAAGCUCCCUGACGCAGAUGCCCCACCAAAUGUAACUGUAUCUACCUCCACCAUCCCACUGUCGAUGGCAUCCAGCCUGCAUCAGAACCGGCCCAGUGACCUGAGCAGCAUUGUGCAACAAAUCAACCAGUUGUGCCAGGCACGGGCGGGUAUGGGCGCCACCUCAGUCUGUGAGGGCCAGAUCGCAAACCCUAGCCCCAUCAGCCGCAACCUGCUGAUCAACGCCAGCUCCAGGGUGUCCUGUCACCACCCGGGGCUGGGCUCUGGGCCUAGCUGCCACAUGAUGGGACCCCUGGACAAAGCUACAGCUCACACUCCCAAUGCUGCGCUGCAUUCACAGCCCAAUACAUCUGCCUUUCAUGCAGACCCAGAGAGGCUCCAGCUGCAGCAGCAGCACCAUCAUCUCCAUCAGCAGAAACAGCAGCAGCAGCAGCAGCAGCAGUUACAGCAGCACCAACACCUACAACAGCAGCUGCAGAUGCAGCAGCAGCAGCAGCAGCAGCGCUCCUGGGCGCAGCAUCAGAUGGCUCACAUGCAGCAGCCCCCUGAGGGGGCCCAUCCCUGCAAGAACCCAAGGAUGGAGCCUCCCACUGAGUGUGCUUUCCCGUCUCGAAACCUAAAUUAUUCCCACAAGCUCCCCAACACUGCACAGUCCUUUCCUUUAAAACACCCUGCAGAAAAACUCCCACCCUCCUCCCCCGUUAACUGCCCUGUGGGGUCUAUGCCUUACAUUAAUGACCACUACAUGCAGCCGCAGUGGGGCAGCAUGCCAGCCACAGCAGGUCACAAUGGAUCAGGCCCUCAGGACCUCCCAGUGUCUUUCCAGGGAGGGCAGGCUGCUGCCUCCACAGACCGCAUCCCAGGGGCCAAGUACAGGCCAGGGAAGGAGGGGCCCCCUGCUCAGUCCAAGUUGAUGCAGAAUGUGGAUUUCUUAGGAGGAGAGUUCCAGAUGCCCAGCUUUCAGGAGCAGAACAUGGAGCAUGUGCUGGAGAAGAUGCACAGGUCAGCCAUGAGCCAGGUUCAGGAGCCCAACAAUGGUGGGGGUGUUCACGCUCAUCACCCAGGCUAUCGCUAGAGCGUGCUCCGAUCCCCGCUUGGUGUGUUUGGGUUUUUCUCAACAGCUAUUUUCAGCUUCUGUGGUUUAUUCUUUAAGAUCUUGCAAGUGAUCAAUUAAAUGUGAAGCUUCAGAGCUUGAUUAGACUCACCAGGUUGUGAUCUCUCACAACAUACUCAGGUCUUAAGCCAUGUCGUACCUUUGUUGCAGAUGAUGGGUUUUUGAGAUUGUCGUCCACUGUUGAGUAGAUUUCCUAUUUUCAUCACUGGCAUGGAUGUGCUGCUCUUUGUUCCUGUAUAUAUGGUGUUUUUAAAAUAUUGAUUUGCAGCUGAGAAUAUGCUUGCCAUGAUUGUCACAGUGCUUUAGGUUGACUUUUUUUUUAAGCAUUUGUGGCCUUAAAACUGCCCAAAGGCAAGAUUUAGGAUGUCCAUGUGUAAUGUUUUUAUUUGCAAUUAUUUAUCCUCGUAACUGGUUUGUGAUCCAUUUUAAACAAGAAGGUUACAUGUAUAUGCAAUUAAUGAGACUGUUGAUAGGAUUUUUCUCCCAUGGUUGAGGUGUACACCUGCUUCUAUCAGGAAUACAACAAGGCUUCUAAACUGCACUGAUUGGUUCAGGUAGUUGUUGUUCCAUCGCUGAUCAGUGUGCGGAAAUGACUAACUAUCACUGUUAAAGAGAAUCAAAAAUAUAGAUUUGUUCUCCUUACCUGUAGUGGUAUUCAUCAUGUAGAAUGUUAAGGGACAGCCAAUGGGUGUGAGCCUCAUCCACAUGUAGCCGCAUGCUUCCCUAUGCGCUGUGAUACUGUUGGUUGAUGGACCAAGUUCCAACUAGUUCCAUUAGCCACAAACACCAAAACAAUCCAGAUUAAUUCAUACUAAAGUGAUGAGGAAAAUAUAUUUUUGAUUCUUUGGUGAACUUUACCCCAUUUCAAACUGAAUUAAAUGUAAAAUAAAACAGUCAGCACUAGCAAAAACGGUAACGUUCUCUAAUGAGUUUCUCAAGUUGCUAGUGGUUUCUCUUGCAUUUGGAAAGUCUAAAGUGCCCUCUUGUGUGUAAUCAUUUGAGAACUGAUUAUGAAGUAGUUAUUUGAUUAGUUUGUUGUUUCUUUAGAUGGUCCUACUUGAACUGUAGAAAUUACUUUUCAAAUGUUAUGCCUAACAUUUGGCAAAAGGAGCAGAACCACCAUUAGCCCUAUUUGUCUUUAGCUAAUGUGAAACCCAACGGCAUCCCAUUUAAUGUUAAAAUGGUGUGUGUAUGUCAGUGUGUGAACGUUAAUUGAUCACUUGCAAGCAUGCAAGUACUUCAAAUUCUGCAACACAUUUCCUCACCACUUUGCUACUGUAACACAAGUGAACUGAUGUGGGGGGGACAUUAUCUGUGUGGCUUGUGGGGGGCUGUUCAUCUACUAAUCACUGGCCCCACCCCGUGUUGUAUCUGCUACCUAUAAAGGAAAAAAAGUGUAACAUUUAAUGCAGGUUAUGUGUUGCUAGAUGUGUCUAGCAUGAACCAAUGGACCCAUGUCCUCCAGUCCCCGGCUGGUCUGAUGUUGUCCGGGCUAACGUCGCUCUGCUAGCCUCAAGCCUUCUGGAAAAGCCUUAAAUGUCACAGUAGUUCUUCUCUUCUUUAUACAAACCUUAACUGACUUCCUUUGCCAGGAUCACAACUUAGUUAUGGCUUUAUUAUGGAAUCCUAUUUCCGCCAGUAAAAGGAAAAUCUAAAAUUAGCCUUGUCAUGAGAAUAUUUUGACUAUAUUUUCCAUCACAGACUUAUGUCCACUACCUAUCUUUUUGUUGUUUGGUUAUUUUGAGAACGUUUCUUAGGAUCAUUUUCCUUUAUCACAUUGGCAGAAAUUGGCUUCCAUACAUCAUUGUAAGAAUGAGUAAAUAUUAGUUUCUGAGCGUUGGUUCAUUUGAAAUCAGUACUGUCGGAUCAUUGGGCAGUGUUCAUAUGAUUAGGCUAUGGCCUUGAUUUGAAUUAUUACGGUAAUAAUGCUACUCAUAUGUGUUGGUAGAUUACCCAUCCUACUGUCUGAAAUGUUGCCUAUCAAGGAUUUAAGAUGAUAUAAUAGCAUUUAGCAGAGUUAAUGGUUUGUAGAACAGGGCUGUAGCAGUUACUUUAAAGUAUUUGGACUGUUUUAGUUGUUGUUGUUAAUAAAUAUCCUGAUAUAGUUUAAUUUAUUGUUUUUUGGUCCACUGCAUCCUGAAGCCAUAGGUGUUUCCACAUUAGGUGCCACAUGUUGAUGCAGACAGUGUGAACUGAUGUGUCUGCGCUCUGUGGCAAAUAAGGGGUUUGCAUCCACGCUUUAAUCUGUAGUCUUUCACACCGCAGAGUCUUUUAUCCUCUGCACCGUUGGCAGGAUACAGUACAGGUCAAAAGGGAGAAGAGAUGGCGCGAUGAUCCGUGAUCUCCAGAGCUGAGAUGCAGACUGUAGCCUUUCUGGAUUUUGGUCGACAUACUUGUUUUUUUGUUUUUGUUUCCCGGCUUUCAUUUUUGAUGUGCCUGCCACUUAAAGCUGCUAUUGACUUUAAUCUUAACACACACUAGUAUGAUUUGUGUGUGCGUGUGAAUGAAUAGUAAUUGAUGUAUGGGCUGUAUUUGUGACAAUAAGUUCCUAUUUAUGGGAAGGGUCAACUCAAAUGCUGGUACUUUUUGCUAGUGUUUAUUCUUUAUUUUAAAUGUAUAAUAACUGACCAGAGUAGCUUUCAUCAGUUUGACCCAUCUGUUGGGGUUUCUAAUGGGAUGGUUUGGAUGGUUUUAAGAAGAGUUGUAUAUGGUAUUCAUGUGUAUUACUACCUACAGUAGAUGUUGUUCAGCACCCCCCAGUUUGGGGAAAAUACAGGAGUACCAGCUCAGAAGCAGAGCAGUGUACUGCUGUAGAGGGGGGCAGCAACAUGUAUUUAAGCCCCUAAAGAAAGGACAUUCUAAAAAAAGAAUGCAUUGGAAUACUUUAUAAAGAAUACUUCCUGCUGUACCUUGCCUUCAAACGCCCGUCAGACUGAAGCCCUUAUUAAUGCCCUCUUCAAUGCCACCAGACUCCUGUGAUACAACAGAUUUGACCCUGAACACAAGAGCUGCUGGUGUACCGCUCAAUCGGUUAGUUUGUUUGUUAUAUUGUUGUUUUACAGUUUAGUUUGGAAUAACCAAAGCCACACAAUAACACACAAACUAACUGAUCGAUGCAGCGGGAGACCAGCAUUAGGGAACUACAGACUAUGAAAAAGUACCUGACAUGACCCCACCUGAAACAUCCAAACUAUCCUUGUAACUUUAAAUCAACACUAAACAUUAGACAGUGCUGCCCUGUUUAUUUCUGACCCGCCUGGUCACAGCCCGACACCGUCAGGUUCUACAGUUUCAUAUGAAGUGCCUCCACUGGGCGUAGUAUGGAGAAGUGUGUGAAUGGGUGCGUGUGUCUGUAUGUUAAGCUUGGGUACUUGCACACAGGCGUGCACACUGACUAACGUGCACAAAGUUAAUCUCUGAUGGGGGACCAAGCUACUUAGGGUAACUACUGAUACUGUGUGAUGGACUGAAGUCCUGAAGUGUGCCACGAGUCCCAGAGGCUGUCGGGACUGUGAACUGUUGCUGCUGACUCACUGACCAAAGUGACAGAGCGUCCCUCUCUGGACCACCGGCCUCCAGCUGGGUUGGGAACUUAUGUUCUAACAGUAAUAAGCAAAACCCUGGUGACAAAGGAGAGCUGCAGCCCUCCUUUGGACGGUUAAAGAAAACCUUGUGAAGUAAAGUGUAAAGAUGUGAACGGAAUAAACAUUUUUUAGAGUGAGUUGUUUCUGCCUGCACCUUACAGCCCACAAAGCAAGAUUCAGAUGUUUCCCUUGAACCUUUGAUCUUUGGAUCCAUUUCACAAUGUAAUCCUCCAGCAGAGACGUGCUCACAGUGCAUGUCAGUACUGGAGGAGUCAGCUCAUCCUGUUAGCUGACUGAUGGCAAUAUUUAUUGGGCUGCGGGUAUCAAACAACUCUCUAGAUUUGUUUUACUCCCAUUAGUAUGGCUGUCUUUGAUCUCAAAGAUGUGUCAUGUUGUGAACGGUGGUGGAGGGGGGCUUACUUUCUCUACUUUGUGAAAAUGUGAUUUUCCAGUUUUGCCUAACCUUCAGGAAUAAAAUGUCUUGCACAAACAUUCCCCCUAACCAAAAUAAAGUUUGCAAACACAAAG